AUAAAACCUUCUUGGAAAAGCUUGUAGUUUCACACAAAUGAAGGAUACAAGAACAGAUGAUACACAUAUGAACAGCUUUGCACUUUGGGCUUUGGAGAAUGGCAAAUCGAAUCUUGUUGCCUGUGCUGCUUUUGGGGAUGAUAAGUGGUGUGACUCCCCAGAUUUCAGUACUCUACCCAGUUGCUGGUACCACAAGCUCUCAAUCAGAUGAUGGAAGUUCUCCCAGAAUUACCCUGCAACGCAAUUUUGUGUUCUUUGGACGUACCUAUAACCAGAUUUACGUGAACCACAAUGGACACCUGACCUUUGACACGUCAUGGAGUAGUUAUGUACCUCAAAUGUUUCCACUGCAUGGAUCCAGAGACAUCAUUGCUCCAUUCUGGACAGAUUUGGAUAACAGAGGAAAUGGUCAGAUUUACUACAAUCAAUACACCAGUGGCAGUGUCCUCCAACAGGCUACGCACGACAUCAAUCAGUACUUCCCAGGGCUGAACUUCAAUGCUAACUGGGUCUUUGUUGCAACAUGGUAUGAGGUGGCCUACUAUCCAACCACUGGAACACGAACAACAGUCCAAGCGGUCCUGAUCUCUGGUGGCCAGUACUCAUUUGUGCUGAUGAACUAUGGGAUAAUAGCCGCGACUUCUCGCAAUGUGCAGGCUGGCUAUGACACAAUCAGCUCUGCUCACCAUGUCACCAUCCCUGGAUCAUUCUCUAGCUCUGCCACAGGCAGUAACUCAAAUUUCCGUCUGAGCAGUAAUGUCAAUGUACCUGGCCGUUGGGCUUUCCGUGUGGACCAUGGAUCAACAGGCUGCAAUUUCAAUGGUCAAACAGUGCAGCUGGGUGACUCAUUCUGGAGUGACAGUACAUGUGCACAGAAGUGCACCUGUACCUCAGCAGGCCUGCAGUGCAACAACCAGCCCUGCUCCUUUUCCCAGAUCUGUCGGCAAAGUACCUUUCAAUUCUCCUGCCAGACUGUGCAGAGACGCACUUGCACCAUAAGUGGUGAUCCACAUUACUACACCUUUGAUGGCACAGUGUUUCACUUCCAGGGCACCUGCACUUAUGUUCUCUCUGAGCAGUGUGGUAGAGGACUGCCUUACUACAGAGUAGAGGGAAAGAACGAGCACAGAGGCAGCACUCAUGUUUCCUGGACACGACUGGUCAAAGUGUUUGUCCAUAAUGAAACCAUUGAGCUUGUCAAGGGACGUCGGGGUCAAGCUAAGGUUAACGGAAAUUUUGCAGCCACUCCGAUCUUCCUGAGCAAUGGCACCAUCCAGGUUUAUGAGUCAGGUUUCUCGGUUAUCAUCACCACUGACUUUGGCUUGGAGGUGUCCUAUGACACAAAUCAUUAUGUCAGGAUCAGUGUGCCCUACACUUACCAGAAUGCAACAUGUGGCUUAUGUGGAAACUUCAACAAUCACCCUGAAGAUGACUUCCGAACUCGUCAAGGCGAGCUUGUGAGCUCUGAUGUGGUUUUUGCCAACAGCUGGCAAGCAUCAGGGGACGAUGAGCCUGGUUGUGGGACCCGAUGUGGAGGUCUGGGGUGUGUUGCCUGCUCUGCGGUUCAGACAGCUUUAUAUAGCAAUAAUGCCCACUGUGGUAUCCUCGGGAACAACACUGGACCUUUUGCUGCUUGCCAUCAACAACUUCCCCCACAGAACUUUGAGGACAGCUGUGUGUAUGAUCUGUGUGUAGCAGGAGGAUACCAGCCAAUUCUGUGCCAAGCACUGAAUGCAUAUGCCAGUCAGUGUCAACAGAAUGGUGUACAGCUGCCAAGUUGGAGGAGACAAGGCUUCUGUGAAAUUCCCUGCCCACCCAACAGCCACUUUGAGUCCCAAGGCACAGGAUGUCCAGCUACCUGUGUCAAUCCUAAUUCUACCCAAAACUGCCCCCUCCCUACCCAGGAGAGCUGCAUCUGCGAUUCAGGCUACAUUCUGAGUGCUGGAGUCUGCGUCCCUCUUGCUGACUGUGGCUGCAGCUUUGAGGGUCGCUACUACCGCUCUGGAGAAACUGUAAUAUUAGACGAGGACUGUGGGAGACGUUGCAGCUGCAGAUAUGGCUCCAUGACCUGCCACUCCCAUGGCUGUGGUCCACUUGAAUCAUGCAGUGUGGAGGAAGGAGAAAGAGGAUGCAGGCCUAACAGCUAUGCAACUUGCUGGAUAAGGGGCCCAGGGUCAUAUCACACAUUUGAUGGACUGACAUACCAGUAUCCUGGGGCUUGUCGAUUGACCCUCGCCAGAGUGAUGGGCUUGUCUAGUCAUCCCCACUUUAUGGUAACAGCAGAAAAAGUGCCCAGAGGCCAGCAGGGUUUUACCAGGUUGCUAAAGUUUGAGGCAGAGGGAACACAAAUCUCCAUUGAAAUGGCAGGUAGUGGCAUAGUUCAGGUUGAUGGUCAGCGGAUCAGACUACCAUUCAGCUCAGCAUCCAAUCGAAUCCAAAUCUACCACAGCAGCAUUUACAGUAUCAUCCUUCGCACCUCUUUUGGUGUAACUGUGCAGACAGUUUGGCCUCACUUUGUGCGUGUCACUGCUCCUGGCAUCUACAAUGGCUCACUAGGAGGACUCUGUGGUAAUUACAACGGUCACCCACAUGACGACUUCCGCACACCAAAUGGUGUCCUGGUCAACAGCUCUCAGGCGUUUGGGGACAGCUGGCGAGAUGGCUCCCUUGCUGCACACUGUGUAGAAAGUGUAAAUCAUAAUUCUACAACAAAUUACAACUCUACUGAGUACUGUGGCAUUCUUGGCUCACCACAUGGGCCAUUUACCCAGUGUUGGGCCAUGGUGGAGCCACAGCAGCAUGUGGAUACAUGUGUGGAGAUCAUUAGAACUUCUAGAGAUCCAGCAUCAGCACUAUGUGAGGCCCUACGAGAUUAUGCACUAAUUUGUCAACAGAUGGGCGUUGCCCUAGUAGACUGGAGGAAUGCAACUCGUUGUGACCAAAACUGCCCUGCAAACAGCCAUUAUGAACUUUGUGAAAGCUCCUGUCCUUCUGCAUGUCCAAGCCUCUCUUUCCCUUUCACCUGUGACACUGUGUGCCAGGAAGGUUGCCAGUGUAAUGAUGGUUUUAUCCUAAAUGGCAACCAGUGUGUAGCACCAACAUCCUGUGGAUGCUAUCACCAAGGACGCUAUCUGCAAAGUGGCGAACAAUUGUGGGAUGGCGAAGAGUGUCAGAACUUGUGUACUUGUGAUGGCAGAACUGGGGUAGUUCACUGUGUCCCCAACUCCUGUGGUCCCCAGGAGUCCUGUCGUGUGGUGGAGGGAGAGUUUGGCUGCCAUCCCAGCCCUCAUGGCACCUGCUCUGCCUCUGGAGACCCUCACUACCUCACCUUUGAUGGCAAGGCCUAUGACUUCCAGGGAACCUGUCGCUAUGUUCUGGCAACACUUUGUAACAGCACUGAUGGUCUCCACCAAUUUUCUGUGGAAGCUAAGAAUGAGCCAUGGAAUGGGUCGCCAGUGUCAAUCACAGCUGAGGUUUUCGUGAAUGUGUGGGGCUAUCAAGUGCAUAUGUCACGGGACAGCAGAGGUAUGGUGCAGGUAAAUGGAAUAACCAAAAAUUUACCGUUUCUCCUAAACGGAGGUCACGUGUCUGUCUAUGCAAGUGGAUCUCGCACAUUUGUCAGCACUGACUUUGGCCUGAGUGUCACAUAUGAUGGAUGGAGCACAGUGUCUAUCUCCGUGCCUUCAAAUUACAGUGGACAAACAUGUGGACUUUGUGGAAACUUCAAUGGAAAUCAAAACGAUGAGUUCCGCACCCCAUCUGGAAUGAUAGUCACCACUCCCCAUGAGUUUGGGGCAGCUUGGAAGGUAGCAGGAAACCAUACAUGCAGUGAUGGGUGUGGCUCCUCCUGCCCACGAUGUACCAAUGAGCAGCCUGCUCGAGUCCAGUGUGGGGUGAUUCAGGCAGCUGAUGGGCCCUUCAGCUUCUGCCAUGAGCAGGUGGAUCCAGCUCCAUAUUUCAAUGACUGCGUCUUUGACGUUUGUGUGUCGCAAAACAGAGGCCAAGAUCUUCUGUGCAGAGCUCUUCAGGCGUAUGUCAGUGCUUGUCAGUCUGCUAAUGUUCGAAUCUACCCUUGGAGGCAGAAUACCACCUGCAGAAUUGACUGUCCAGCCAAUAGCCAUUAUGAGCUGUGUGGUACUGACUGUGGCCACACCUGUGCCAGCAGCAUUGAUGCCACCUGUGAGCAGGUUUGCUCUGAGGGAUGUUUCUGUGAUGAAGGCUUUGUCAGAAGUGGGACAACAUGUGUCCCUGUGGAAAGAUGUGGCUGCCAGUAUGAUGGAUUCUACUACAAUGCUGGGGAGUCCUUCUGGACCGAGGGUUGUUCCCGGCGAUGUGAAUGCCAUGCUCCCAAUGACCUCCGCUGUUCUCAUGCAUCUUGCACUCCUGCACAAGAGUGCACCAUCCAAAAUGGCCAGCUUGGUUGUUAUGAUGCUAUGUCCACUUGCACUGUUUGGGGGGACCCGCACUACAUCACCUUUGAUGGAGCACUGGCUCAUUUCCAGGGCACAUGUUCUUACAUCAUUACUGAGAGUGUGAGCCAUGACACCAAUGAGACCCAGUUUCAGGUAGUAGCCACCAAUAAUCACCGUGGCAACAACCGUGUGUCAUUUGUAUCAGCAGUGGAUAUACACCUCUCAAAUCAAUCAGAGAGUACCUACAUCAGGAUUGGACAAAACAAGAGAGUAAAGGUAAAUGGAAACGAGGUAUCUCUUCCGACCACUGUCGGAACCUUAGCUCAGAUAGUGAGACAGGGAAGCUACAUAGUGGUUAAUGCCAUUGACAUGAGCGUCCAGUUUGAUGGUCAGAGUACUUUGCUUAUCAGAAUGCACCAACAUCGUCAAAACAGAAUCACAGGGAUGUGUGGAAACUUCAACAGUGACCCUACAGAUGACAAAGUCUCGCCCAAUGGCACACUGGCGCAAAAUGACAAUGACUUUGGACGCAGCUGGAAGGCACCCACAAGCCAACCAGGAUGUGGAUCCACAGAUGAUGAGAGUGGUGGUGGAUUGGACGGCUGUCCCUUCAUUGAAGAAUACUCUCAGCUCUGUAGUGUCAUUACCAACUCUAGUGGUCCAUUCAGUGCCUGUCACCUGCACUCUGACCCCCGGCCAUUUUUCACUUCCUGUGUCUACGAUCUCUGCCUCUACACCCCAGCCAAUGGCAUGCUGUGUUCUGCUGUCUCUGCCUACGAGAGAACCUGCUCUGUACUGGGGUUGAACGUCCCCGAAUGGCGCUCGGCUCUGCUUUGCCCUGAGUCAGAUCCUUGUGAGCCACUGGACUGCACAGAGUAUGAGUGGUGUGGUGUGAAAGACGGUGUUCACGGCUGCUUCUGUGAUGAACACCACCAUCGGCCCAACAACGAGAGCUACGACUCGUCCAUCACUUGUGUCAGUAGUUCAGGCACCAUGUCAGUGUCGCGCUGCCAGCUUUUUGAAGCUGGCUUCCACCCCGGUGCCCUUCAUCUCCGCGACGACUCCUGCAAUGGAACUGUUCAGAACGGACGACUGGUCUUCCGCUUCAAUAAUGACGAACACCUGUGUGGGACAGUUCUCACGAGCAAUGGAACCCAUUUCAUCUAUGAGAACACCAUCCAGGGUGACGUGGAUCCCCAUGAAGGCCUAAUCAGUCGCCAGAGGAACAUUCAUCUGCGUUUCUGCUGUGAAUACCCCCUGGCCCAGGCUCUGUCCAUGGCUGUGGGCAUCAACCCUGUAGAGAGUAUUGUGAGGAAGAAGCUUCCAUCUGGCCAGGGACAGUAUCAUACGAGAAUGAUCCCCUACCAGGACCCUGGCUUCCACUACCCCCUCACCAGUAACAGGAACGUAGAUAUGGAAAUUGACGAGAGGCUUUAUGUGGAGGUGCGGACAGAUGGAGUCGAUGAACGGCAGAUCUCCACCAUUCUGGACUCUUGUUGGGCCACGCCAGUCAACCUUGCUAACUACCCUGUUCGCUGGGAUCUCAUUAUUGACGAGUGUCCUAAUACAGCAGAUGGUACAGUACAGCUGAUUCAGAAUGGCAUUUCCACUGUGGCCCGAUUCUCAUUCAGGAUGUUCACCUUUACCAACUUUUCAUCCAUCUACCUGCACUGCCAGGUGCACCUGUGUCUCUUAAGACACAACAAUUGUUCAGCUCAUUGCUACCCAGGUUACCACAGGCGAGUUCAGAGGGACGUAUCCUACCAUACCACAGACAUCUCAAUAGGACCAAUAGCCCCAAGGCAACACAGCAUGGAAAUCCAUUGGGAAGCACCAAGUGGCAGGCAUGAUACAGAACUACCUAACUACAAAAUGAUGAAAGCAAGCAGUGCUUCAGCUCAGUUAACAUCACUGGUGACCCUGCUGGUCAGUUUGCUGAUUGCCAAAAUUUAUUUAAUUCAGUGCUUUGUAUGUUUGAUUAGCCAAUUUAAAAUUUGGAAGCCUAACAGAAUGGCAAGCCAAAUCAUGUUGUUCAUGACUACUUUUGUACUAUUGGAGAUGAUAAGUGUGGUGACUUGUCAGGUUGUGAGUCCCCUUUAUCCAAUAUCUGGGACAGCAAGCUCCAAAUCAGAUGAUGGAAGUUCACCACGGAUUCCCCUGCAACGAUCUUUUUACUAUUUUGGACGAACAUAUAAUCAGAUUUAUGUCAACCACAAUGGACACUUGACAUUUGACGGUCCACUGAGUUCACAUUCACCUCAAAGGUUCCCACUAAAUGGACCCAUAGACUUCAUUGCUCCAUUCUGGACAGAUCUUGACAACAGACAAAUGGGUCAGGUGUACUACAACCAAUACACCAGUGGCAGUGUUCUUGAACAAGCUACUCGGGACAUUAAUGCCUACUUUCCGGCCAUUAACUUCAAUGCCAACUGGGUCUUUGUUGCAACAUGGUAUGAAGUGGCCUACUAUCCAAAUUCAGGAACACGCACAACUGUCCAAGCUGUGUUGAUCUCUGGAGGGCAGUACUCAUUUGUGCUGAUGAACUAUGGGAUAAUAGCCGCGACUUCUCGCACUGUGCAGGCUGGCUAUGAUACAAUAAGCUCCAUCCACUAUUUCACCAUCCCUGGAUCAUUCUCUAGCUCUGCUACAGGCAGCAACUCAAAUUUCCGUCUGAGCAGUAAUGUCAAUGUCCCAGGUCGCUGGGCCUUCCGCACAGAUCAAGCAUCAAGAAGCUGCAAUUUCAAUGGUGAAGCAGUGCAACUGGGUGACUCAUUCUGGAGUGACAGUACAUGUGCACAGAAAUGCACCUGCACUUCAGCAGGCCUGCAGUGUCACAACCAGCCCUGCUCCUUUUCCCAGAUCUGCCAGCCAAGUGCCUUUCAGUUCUCUUGCCAGUCAGUGCAAAGAGGCACCUGCACCAUAAGUGGUGAUCCACAUUACUACACCUUUGAUGACACAGUGUUUCACUUCCAGGGCACCUGCACUUAUGUUCUCUCUGAGCAGUGUGGUAGAGGACUGCCUUACUACAGAGUAGAGGGAAAGAACGAGCACAGAGGCAGCACUCAUGUUUCCUGGACAAGACUGGUCAAAGUGUUUGUCUAUAAUGAAACCAUUGAGCUUGUCAAGGGACGUCGGGGUCAAGCUAAGGUUAAUGGAAACUUUGCAGCCACUCCAUUCUAUCUCAACAAUGCCACCGUCCAAGUUUAUGAGUCGGGUUUUUCUGUGAUUGUUAGCACUGACUUUGGCUUGGAGGUGUCCUAUGACACAAAUCAUUAUGUCAGGAUCAGUGUGCCCUACACUUACCAGAAUGCAACAUGUGGCCUGUGUGGAAACUUUAAUGGCAUUCGUCACGAUGACUUCCAAACUCGUCAAGGCGAGCUUGUGAGCUCUGAUGUGGAUUUUGCCAACAGCUGGCAAGCAUCAGGAGAUGAUGAGCCUGGUUGUGAGGUGCAGUGUGGUGGUCUGGAGUGUGCUCCAUGUACUGAGGAUCAAACAGCUUUAUACAGCAGCACUGAUCAUUGUGGUAUCCUCGGGAACAGUUCUGGACCUUUUGCUGCUUGCCAUCAACAACUUCCCCCACAGAACUUUGAGGACAGCUGUGUGUAUGAUCUGUGUGUAGCAGGAGGAUACCAGCCAAUUCUGUGCCAAGCACUAAAUGCAUAUGCCAGUCAGUGUCAACAGAAUGGUGUACAGCUGCCAAGUUGGAGGAGACAAGGCUUCUGUGAAAUUCCCUGCCCACCCAACAGCCACUUUGAGUCCCAAGGCACAGGAUGUCCAGCUACCUGUGUCAAUCCUAAUUCUACCCAAAACUGCCCCCUCCCUACCCAGGAGAGCUGCAUCUGCGAUUCAGGCUACAUUCUGAGUGCUGGAGUCUGCGUCCCUCUUGCUGACUGUGGCUGCAGCUUUGAGGGUCGCUACUACCGCUCUGGAGAAACUGCAAUAUUAGACGAGGACUGUGGGAGACGUUGCAGCUGCAGAUAUGGCUCCAUGACCUGCCACUCCCAUGGCUGUGGUCCACUUGAAUCAUGCAGUGUGGAGGAAGGAGAAAGAGGAUGCAGGCCUAACAGCUAUGCAACUUGCUGGAUAAGGGGCCCAGGGUCAUAUCACACAUUUGAUGGACUGACAUACCAGUAUCCUGGGGCUUGUCGAUUGACCCUCGCCAGAGUGAUGGGCUUGUCUAGUCAUCCCCACUUUAUGGUAACAGCAGAAAAAGUGCCCAGAGGCCAGCAGGGUUUUACCAGGUUGCUAAAGUUUGAGGCAGAGGGAACACAAAUCUCCAUUGAAAUGGCAGGUAGUGGCAUAGUUCAGGUUGAUGGUCAGCGGAUCAGACUACCAUUCAGCUCAGCAUCCAAUCGAAUCCAAAUCUACCACAGCAGCAUUUACAGUAUCAUCCUUCGCACCUCUUUUGGUGUAACUGUGCAGACAGUUUGGCCUCACUUUGUGCGUGUCACUGCUCCUGGCAUCUACAAUGGCUCACUAGGAGGACUCUGUGGUAAUUACAACGGUCACCCACAUGACGACUUCCGCACACCAAAUGGUGUCCUGGUCAACAGCUCUCAGGCAUUUGGGGACAGCUGGCGAGAUGGCUCCCUUGCUGCACACUGUGUAGAAAGUGUAAAUCAUAAUUCUACAACAAAUUAUAACUCUACUGAGUACUGUGGCAUUCUUGCCUCACCACAUGGGCCAUUUACCCAGUGUUGGGCCAUGGUGGAGCCACAGCAGCAUGUGGAUACAUGUGUGGAGAUCAUUAGAACUUCUAGAGAUCCAGCAUCAGCACUAUGUGAGGCCCUACGAGAUUAUGCACUAAUUUGUCAACAGAUGGGUGUUGCCCUAGUAGACUGGAGGAAUGCAACUGGCUGUGACCAAAACUGCCCUGCAAACAGCCAUUAUGAACUUUGUGGAAGCUCCUGUCCUUCUGCCUGCCCAAGCCUCUCUUUCCCUUUCACCUGUGACACUGUGUGCCAGGAAGGUUGCCAGUGUAAUGAUGGUUUUAUCCUAAAUGGCAACCAGUGUGUAGCACCAACAUCCUGUGGAUGCUAUCACCAAGGACGCUAUCUGCAAAGUGGCGAACAAUUGUGGGAUGGCGAGGAGUGUCAGAACUUGUGUACUUGUGAUGGCAGAACUGGGGUAGUUCACUGUGUCCCCAACUCCUGUGGUCCCCAGGAGUCCUGUCGUGUGGUGGAGGGAGAGUUUGGCUGCCAUCCCAGCCCUCAUGGCACCUGCUCUGCCUCUGGAGACCCUCACUACCUCACCUUUGAUGGCAAGGCCUAUGACUUCCAGGGAACCUGUCGCUAUGUUCUGGCAACACUUUGUAACAGCACUGAUGGCCUCCACCAAUUUUCUGUGGAAGCUAAGAAUGAGCCAUGGAAUGGGUCGCCAGUGUCAAUCACAGCUGAGGUUUUCGUGAAUGUGUGGGGCUAUCAAGUGCAUAUGUCACGGGAGAGAAAUGGUGUGGUUAAAGUGAAUGGUGAAAGUAGAAAUUUACCAGUUCUCUUGAAUGGAGGUCAAGUGUCGAUAUAUGCAAGUGGAUCUCGUGUAUUUGUCAGUGCUAAUUUUGGUCUGAGUGUCACCUACGACGGAUUUAGCACAGUGUUCAUCUCUGUACCCUCAAACUACAGCGGACAGACAUGUGGACUUUGUGGAAACUUCAAUGGAAAUUCAAAUGAUGAGUUCCGCACCCCAUCUGGAAUGAUAGUCACAUCGCCAGAUGAGUUUGGGAGAGCUUGGAAGGUGUCAGGCAACUACACCUGUAGUGAUGGAUGUGGCUCCUCCUGCCCACAGUGUACCAAUGAGCAGCCUGCACGGGCCAAAUGUGAGGUGAUUCAGGCAGCUGACGGGCCCUUAAGCUUCUGCCAUGAGCAGGUGGACCCAGCUCCAUAUUUCAAUGACUGCGUCUUUGAUGUUUGCGUGUCGGGCAGUGAGGGCCAAGAUCUUCUGUGCAGGGCCAUUCAGGCGUAUGUCAGUGCCUGCCAAGCAGCUAAUGUUCCAAUCUUCCCUUGGAGAGAGAACACUACCUGCAGACUUGACUGUCCAGUCAACAGCCAUUAUGAGCUGUGUGGUACGGACUGUGGUCACACCUGUGCCAGCAGCACAGAUGCCACCUGUGAGCAGGUUUGCUCUGAGGGAUGUUUCUGUGAUGAAGGUUUCCUGAGAAGUGGGACAAGGUGUGUCCCCAUAGAAAGGUGUGGCUGCCAGUAUGAUGGAUUCUACUACAAUGCUGGUGAGUCCUUCUGGACCGAGGGUUGUUCCCAGCGAUGUGAAUGUCAUGCUCCCAAUGACCUCCGCUGUUCUGAUGCAUCUUGCACUCCUGCACAAGAGUGCAUCAUCAAAAAUGGCCAGCUUGGUUGUUUUGAUGCUAUGUCCACUUGCACUGUUUGGGGGGACCCGCACUACAUCACCUUUGAUGGAGCACUGGCUCAUUUCCAGGGCACAUGCUCUUACAUCAUUACUGAGAGUGUGAGCCAUGACACCAAUGAGACCCAGUUUCGGGUAGUAGCCACCAAUAAUCACCGUGGCAACAACCUUGUGUCAUUUGUAUCAGCAGUGGAUAUAUACCUCUCAAAUCAAUCAGAGAGUACCUACAUCAGGAUUGGACCCAACAGGAGAGUAAAGGUAGACGAAAGUGAGGUAUCUCUUCCGACCACUGCAGGAACCUUAGCUCAGGUAGUAAGGCAAGGAAACUAUGUAGUAGUCAAUGCCAUAGACCUGUUUGUCCAGUUUGAUGGCCAGAGUACUCUACUGAUCCGAAUGGGCCAACAUCGUCAAAACAGAAUCACAGGGAUGUGUGGAAACUUCAACAGUGACCCUACAGAUGACAAAGUCUCGCCCAAUGGCACACUGGCGCAAAAUGACAAUGACUUUGGACACAGCUGGAAGGCACCCACAAGCCAACCAGGAUGUGGAUCCACAGAUGAUGAGAGUGGUGGUGGAUUGGACGACUGUCCCUUCAUUGAAGAAUACUCUCAGCUCUGUAGUGUCAUUACCAACUCUAGUGGUCCAUUCAGUGCCUGUCACCUGCACUCUGACCCCCGGCCAUUUUUCACUUCCUGUGUCUACGAUCUCUGCCUCUACACCCCAGCCAAUGGCAUGCUGUGUUCUGCUGUCUCUGCCUACGAGAGAACCUGCUCUGUACUGGGGUUGAACAUCCCUGAAUGGCGCUUGGCUUUACAAUGUGAUGAGUCAGACCCUUGUGAGCCACUGGACUGCACAGAGUAUGAGUGGUGUGGCGAGAAAGACGGUGUUUAUGGUUGCUUCUGUGAUGAACACCACCAUCGGCCCAACAACGAGAGCUACGAUGCGUCCAUCACUUGUGUCAGCAGUUCAGGCACCAUAUCAGUGUCCCGCUGCCAGCUUUUUGAAGAUGGCUUCCACCUUAGUGCCCUACACCUUCGGGAAGACUCCUGCAAUGGGACUCUCCAAGAUGGACGACUGGUCUUUCACUUUAACAAUGAUGACCAGCUGUGUGGGACAGUUCUCAGGAGCAAUGGGUCCCAUUUCAUCUAUGAGAACACAAUCGAGGGUGAAGUGGACCCUCAUGAGGGCCUAAUUAGCCGUGAAAAGAGCAUCCGCCUGCACUUCUCCUGUGCCUACCCUCUAACCCAAGCCCUGUCUAUGGAUGUGGGCAUUAACCCUGUAGAAAGCAUUGUGAAUAAGAGGCUUCCAUCUGGCGAGGGACAUUAUCAUUUGAGGAUGAUCCCCUAUGAGGACCCUGGCUUCCACUUCCCCCUGACCAGAAAUAGGAAUGUAGAGAUGGAAAUAGACCAGAGGUUGUACAUUGAAGUGCAAACAGAAGGAGUUGAUGAACGGCAGAUCUCCACUAUUUUGGAUUCAUGCUGGGCCACCCCUUUCAAUGAUGCCAGCUACCCUGUCCGCUGGGAUCUCAUCACUGCUGAGUGUCCUAAUCCAGCAGAUGGUACUGUAGAGUUGGUUCAGAAUGGAGUCUCCACUGUGGCCCGAUUCUCCUUCAGGAUGUUCACUUUUACCAACUUUUCAUCCAUCUACCUGCAUUGCCAGGUGCACCUGUGCCUUUUGAGCCACAACAACUGCUCAGCUCAUUGUUAUCCUGGUUACCACAGAAGAGUGGCGCGGGAUAUUUCCAUUCAUGAUGAUGCAUCCAUUUCACUAGGACCGCUACUCCCGAAAUCAGAUUGGGUGAAAGUGAGUAGUGCUUCUGUCCAGUUGAGCUCCAUGGUGACGCUGCUAGGUGCUUUGCUCAUGGCCAAAACUCUGACCUAAAGAGAUCAAAGAUAGGCACAAAAACAGCAAACAAUUGACUUUAUACAUAUUAUACUCAUACAUACAUAUUAAUCAGUCAGCAGUAGCUUCAUCACUGUGUGUAGUUGUAUUUGUUAUUUUUCUCUGUUGUGAUCCACUAAAAAAAUGGAAUGAUACAUCUUUUGUGAUGGUACAUGUCUGAAAAAGUAUGUUACAGAAUAUUUGGAAAUGCAUCCAGUAAAUUGCUUCCUUUACAACAUUAGAGGGCAGCAUAAGAUCACUUACACAUUUGGCUCUGUUUUCAUGAAACUCAUAUCUGCUGUUCACAUUUUUGUAAUUAGUUACAUGUUUAUUAAUUGUAUCCUCCAGCCUUUUCCAAUGAUUUUUAUUAUCAUUAAAUCAGUACUUCAUUAGUAAUAAUCAUUAAUAAUGAAGAUGAAAAUGAUAAUUUAUGUGUGCAGUAUGAAUGUUAUUUUCAUUUUUCUUUUUUUUCUGGGCUGUGGGAUCUGAAGACUGCUCAUUGAU